AUGGAGCAUUACGAAGCGUUACUGUUAUUUUUGCAGUAUUUCAAUAAACUUCACACCACAUGUUUGAUUAGAAGCUCCGCCCAGGAUGAUUUGAUCAGGGAUUUCACCGGUCCGUAUCCCUCAAUCUGGCUUGCCUAUGAACAAGCCAAUGACAGCAUCUUCAUGAAAUCCAUCGAAGCCGGGUGUCAGUCAUACGUGCUAACUGAUGCAGUUGUUCUAGAUUUUCUCGAAACCUUCUACAGCUUACAUGAUCGUGCCGUUUGCCGAUUUCCCAACAAAUAUAUUGUUGUUCUGGUUGACCCAAUGUCAGACCCGUCGGUGAUGAAUCGCAUCGUUCAACAUGAGACCCUCCGUGAUGUACCUCGGUUUCUUAUCCUGUUUCCAAAGGAUACCGACCGAAUUGAUUUGAUCACAAACAAGUUUAGCAGUCGAGAAAACUAUCGCGAUCUUAUAGUUCUAGACAGUUAUAUACCGUCACGUUCCAGCUUUUUGCAUAGCCGAAAUUUAUUUCAUGAUAAAUUGAAAGAUCUAGAAGGCCACUUGUUACGGGUAGCAACAUUCAAUUAUCUUCCCUACACUGUGUGGCGUCCGGAAAGCCGAGUUCCCAACGCAUAUUUCAAUGGUACACUUGGACUGCACUUUGAUGGCACAGAAUCGUACAUAUUGCGAGAAUUCUGUACGAUAUUCAAUUGUACAUUGGAAAUGAUACUGGACGAGGAAGGUGAGUGGGGUGGGAUCCUUGAUAAUCGCACCGGAAAUGGAAUUCUUGGUGCCGUCGUGGAACGACGAGCUGACAUUGGCAUCGGAGCGCUAUACUCAUGGUAUCACGAAAGUCUCUACCUGACACUGUCGAAACCAAUAUCAAGAACCGGAGUGACCUGCAUCACUCCAAAACCAAGAACGCUGAGCGGUUGGAUGACACCGAUUCUGCCGUUUAAAUUGAACUUGUGGAUUGCUGUGUUGAUCACAUUUGCAACCAUGAGUAUUGUCUUGCUAUUGAUGGACUAUUUGAUACAAAACAAGAUACUUGGAUAUAAUCGACCUUUGGAUAUUAGCGCAUCAUUCAUGACUAUUGGUUGUAUAUUCAUCCUACAAACUGUCCUGCUGCGCAUCAGUCAGAACAAAUUCGCAUCUCAGAUGGUUAUGAUAGGAUCUCUACUCAUUGUGGGAUUGAUGAUCGGCAAUGCGUACAGUGGAGGACUGUCCAGUGUAAUGACCAUACCACGCUAUGAGCCACCAAUAAACACAGUCCAAGACUUGGCGGAUAGCAACAUACAUUGGGCUACGACACACGAUGCUUGGAUCUUCUCGAUACUGAUGGCCACUCAACCCAUGAUCGUUAAAAUACUGCAUAAAUUUGAAACACAUCCCAAAGAGAUUCUUCAUCGUCGCGCUUUGGAUCAAGAACUUGCCUAUGGCAUCGAACGAUUACCGUAUGGCCAUUUUGCAAUUGGAAAUUAUAUUGACGGGGAAGCGGCACACAUCUAUCAGCUAAUGAUCGAAGACAUCUACUGGGAGAAUUGUGUUGCAAUGUCCACCAAAACCUGGCCCAUGAUGGAACAUCUAGAUCAACUAAUUUUGGUUAUACUGCAAAGCGGAAUUCAACGCUACUGGGAACAACGGGUUGUGUCGAUGUAUGACGAUGAAAAGGUGCAGCUAGCCAUCAGUACCUCACGCCACCGAGACAGUGCCGGACCAAUAACAUUGCAACCAUAUCAUCUUCUGGGUGCGUUCCUGCAGCUCGCAUUCGGAUUGGUUGGAAGUGUUGUGAUAUUUCUGGUUGAAGUUUUCUAUGCAAAGUUGCGAAACAGGCGGCAACAUUUCUAA